AUGCGACUCUACUCACGCAUCUUGACCUUGACUGGCGGCGUUCUUAGGAGCCGCGGUAGGCGAGGCGGGUUCGCCCUGCAAGUGUCGUGCCGCUUCGGCACCAGUGUGGCUGGCACCUACUACGGUGAGUCGGAUGUGGCCGCUGGGGCGUCAAUGAACAACGAUAUGCGCCUGGGGCUCGUGAUUAAGCCGCAGAGCACGCUUGUUGAAUUGUGGGAGCAGGCCGUGAAGGCGUGGCCUACGCGGCGUUUUCUUGGAACGAAGAUGUGGGUGCGUGGUCAACUGGGUUAUGUGUGGGCCAACUAUGAGUCCAUUGAGGCGGAGAUGGCCGCCAUGCGAACGUUGCUGCACAAGAUGGGGGUGGAGAAGGGCUCGCGCGUCGUCGUCAUCAGCGAGAACCGCUAUGAGUGGGUGGUUGUGCACUUUGCCACGCUGCAGCUUGGCGCCCAGUUUGUGGUUCUGCCGACCAACGUGACCCCCAUGGAGGCGCGGCUCGUGCUAACUAGCACACAGGCCAAGGUGCUAUUCGUUGAGUCCACCUCCUCCUACGCCGCCGUGAAGGGCUGGAUUGGCGAGGUGGGGCAGCUGCAGCAUGUGAUUUGCUUCGAGGACCAGCUUGGUGAGGGCAGCUACGCCGUCGCAAUCAACGUCGCCGCGGACGUGCCGGAAAAAGUCCCCCCGCGCAAGGACAUCACGGCGGAGGAUACCGCCAUGAUUAUGUUCACCGCGGGCACCACGGGGCCGCCGAAGGGCGUGAUGCUUUCGCACCGAAACCUGGUGGCAAAUAUUAGCUCCAUUUACGCCCACGUUGGCGGGGCACUGACGCACACCGACUUAUUCAUGUCGCUGUGCUCCUGGUGCGUCGCCGGGGCACUUACGGUCGAGUUAUACCAGGCGAUCUGCAAAGGCGCCUGCAUUUGCAUUCCGCCCGAGCAGCUGGAGGGAUUUCAGGAUCUCGCGCUGGUGCAGCCGAGUGUCAUUACGUCUGUCGCCCUGCCGUUUCAGCGGGCCUACGCCAACAUGGUGGACAACAUCAUGAAUCGUGGGAGCCUAACGAAGGACAUGACACGGUUCACGCUGGGCCGCAUCACAGAGAAUAGACUCAUGCUGAAGAAGCCAGGCCACACGCUACGAGCCGCGUCGCAUGUGCUGCUUGGGAAGUUUAAGCAACAGUUUGGGAACGAGCUGCGGAUUGUUUUUAUCGUCGGAAGCCAGCUGACGCGGGACCAGGCGGAGCUGCUGGCGGACCUCGACGUAUUUACCGUGAGCACCUACGGCGCCCUGGAGGCCGGCGGCCUCAUCGCCACCGACAUUGACGUGCCACUCCGUCUGAAGGCGCUUCCGGGGGUGGAGGUGCGUGUCGUGAACGAGAAGAACGAGAUUGUCGCGCCUGGCGACCUCGGGGAGGUGCUCGUGGAGGCCCCACACGCCAUGCAGGGGUACUUCGACGUCCACAUCGACCCCGAGCAGGCGAGCAAUUCCCUCGUGGCCUACGGCGGCAGGACGUUUGUGCGCACCGGCGACUACGGCUCCGUCACGGGCGGGUGGAUCACGCUCAAGGGGAACAAGGACGUGCUCAUCACGCUUGCGAGCGGCGCCGUGGUGGACCCGCUGGAGGUGGAGGGGACACUCAUCAAGAGCCCGUUUGUGAGGCAGGUCUUUGUGCACGGGGAAAACCGUCCCUACCUCACGGCGUUGGUGGUUCCGAACGCCAAGGCCAUCGCGUCGCACCUGCGCAAGGUGGAGCGGCGCGACGGCGUGCCGAUCGUGAGCGAGCGCGAGAAGGCGGACUGUAUUCGGGCAGAGCUGCGCCGCGCGUCGCAGGGGCUGCCGGCGCGGGCGCACGUUCGCCGGUUCGCCUUUAUAGAGGAGUGCACCCUGGCCAACGGAUUUAUCACCUGCAAGUACGGCUUUGCGCGACAAAAAAUCGAGAACCACUACGUCCACUACUUCAACGCCAUGUACGAUGAGACGCCGAAGUUUUUUGGGCAUGCCGUGGACGAUUACGACGACCUGUUUUAA